AUUUUAUAUAUAAAUGAGUGAGGAAGGAGGUUCUGAGAAGGAAUCUCACAAAAAUGGAUUCGUUGUUAAAAUUACGAAUAUACCUGGCCAAAUCGAUGAAUCUUCACUUAAAAGUGUAAUGGGCCAUUUCGGAAAGGUGGAAAUGUGUAAACUAAUCUUCGGAGAGAUGAUUAGCGAUCCAGCAACAGCUUGGGUACAAUAUAAGAGUGAAUCUGAAGUGGAAAAGGCUUUAAAAGCUGAUGGUAAACUAGAAUGUGGAGGAUGUAAGUUAAAAAUAACAAGAUGGGAAGGUGCAAUUCCAUCAGAAAGAACUGAACAAAAGAGAAAAUUAACAGAAUCAUCAACUUGUCAGGAUUCUUGCUGGUUUUGCCUAGCUAAUGACGAAUGUGAAACACACAUGAUUUCAUACGUUUCAAAACAUUGUUAUGUCGCUGUGGCUAAGGGAUCUUUAUCGGAUAUGCAUAGUUUGGUUGUGCCUAUAUAUCAUUACCCGAAUCUGGGAUCAGCUCCGCUGGAUGUACAAAUGGAUAUUAAGAAGGUUAUAGACAGAUUAUUUGACAUUGCAUUAUCAAAAGGAAAUGGAGCAAUAGCAUUUGAAAGGUUUGUGCCAUUGACGAUGAAAGUAGCAAUGCAUACACAAGUACAAGUAUUGGAAGUUCCUUCACAUAGAGCACUUCAAUGUUUCAAUUUUGUGGAUAAGUCACAGAUAUUUUCUGAUGCUACAAGAAUACCAUUUGAGUCUGAAGAUGUUGGAUUUCACGGAAUUACAUCAAGAGUAAACAAUAAAACACAAUAUUUAUAUCUGCAAGCAGUUGGCAAGUCAGAUGAUUCUGGUGAGGUAUCAUUUGCAAAAUGUCUCUGGGUAUUUGACAGGCCAAACUACCGUAAAAUACCAACUCACUUUGGAAGAGAAAUCGCACUAUCGGUUUUAUCCCAUAGAGAUCUUGAAAAAAUUAAAAGCUUGAAUAAAUAUGUUAGUGAAACUAAUAUGAAGCCUGGAAUCGCAGCCAUCGAUUGGCAUAACUGUGUAGCUACAAAAGAGGAAGAAACAGAAUCCUGUAAAAACAUAUCAAAAAUGAUACUAGGAGUUGAAUAACCUUGACUUACAAUAAAAUUUUGAUAAUUUUUAAUUUAAU